UAGAAAUGAAAACAUCCGAGAUUUACUAUACACUAUGGUUUAUAAUAAUGAUAGGCAAUAUACGAGUCUCGAUUGAAAUAAUUGAUGGAGAAGAUCCAGGAAUACUGGACUAUGUGCAACGCUCAUCAAAGUGUUCAAAUAAAAAGCCACCUUGCAGCGAAUGUCGAAAACAUGUUCUUGCACUUAUACAGGAAGAUGGUGAUAGUACAACUAGUAAAAUUCCUUCCAGAAUGUGUUGUUCGCAAUUUAUUGAAUGGGGGCACGACUGCUAUUGUUUAUGGGUGUCUUCUGAUGAUCACGUCGAUUACAUGGAUUUUGGGGAUUCUAUGGAUGUGUUACAAAACAUUCCAAACAUAUGGAAUCGUUGUAAAUCUAUGACUGAGAAUCUGCCAAAUUAGACCCAACCUAAUCCACAUAUGCCUAGCUCAUAGUACGGGCUGCGGGCAAAAGGGCAUUUAAAUUCGUAUUUUAAUAUAUAUUUUUUUAUUUGAGGG